AUGGAGAAGGCUCGAAAUCUUCCUGCUGUGUUACAAAACCUCCCCGACAUUCCACCCCCACAGGCAAUUCCUGUCAUUUCUUUGUCCACAAUUGAGAUAUUUAUGGAGUACAACUAUUUAACACAGACAAAAAAUAGCUUCGAUACGUCGGAAUUGAUAUUCGGUUCCGAAGAAGAGCCUCCAUCUCCCUUCCAAGACAGAUUGCCUUCCCAAGCACCGUACACUGACCCAGUGAUUGCAUUGGGAUCAACUUCAUUGAACGAUUUCCAAGAACUGGUGCAGAAUGAUGCUAUAUGUCAUGAGUACGACACAAAUAAAUUUUCGGAUUCCUUUCUUGAUCUGAUGGACUUUGGUCUUCAGAGAUUGAUCGUGUCUCCCAGCCUGAAGACAUCUCACAUCCAAACACACGGCGAUAGUCUUCAAAACCUGCGCGAGUUGGCCCCCGCUGUUUUCAAUAGCAAGUAUCGUGAGGCAGUGAAUCAGCGAGCGGCUUCAAUUCCUGUGAUCACAAAGGCGAUAACCUCGAUGCUGAAGAGCAAUUCCAACCCAGACUUGCAGCCACAAUUCGCUAAUGCACACCAGGAACGGAAAGAGUGGAUCACGAGUAGUCUUUGGUGCAAAGCUCAGGCCCUGCUACCUCAACCAGGACCUCCAAGGAGACGCAACCGAUUCUUUCCUCCGCGGCUUCCAGAAAAUAGCCCUCAGGUCAACAUUGAUGUCGAUUCCGCAACGCCGUAUACCGAAGAUAUCUUUGACGAAGAAAUUCUGGAGCUGGAUGAUGACUGGGAUGAUAUAGACAUCAGCUAUGGAGAUGUGCAUGCGGAUCUCGGAGAACUUGACGAUCUCAUCCAUACAGACAUAGAGGAAGAAUCAGAUGGACUCCUGCUCCGAAGCAGCAGCCAGGCUAGCUUUCAAGAUUUGUAUGAAUCGACCCAGACAACGCUGGAUAGUCACCAGACAUCCCUUGAGAACCUGUCUUCUCCUCAAACGGACACCGAAAUGUUACUUUGCAGUUCGGAGCAUGGAUAA